AUGUGCUCUUUAUUUUCAUUAAGUGGUAAAGUUGCAUUAUUAACUGGUGGAACUAAUGGUAUUGGAUUAGGUUAUGCUAAAGGAUUAGCAAGUGCUAAUUUAAAACAAUUGAUAUUAACAUAUAGAUCAAAUGAGAAUUUACAAUUUGCAAUUGAAGAAAUCAAGAAAGUAAAUGAUUCAAUCAUAAUUGAUUCUAUUUAUGUUGAUUUCGUAAAAGAAGAUGAAGAUGAGAUAGUUGAACGUAUCACAUCCGAAGCUUAUAAAUUAAGUCAAACUGGUAAAAUAGACAUACUUAUAAACAAUGCAGGAAUAACAAACAGAUCAGCAUUUGAGUCAUUUGAGCAAGAGAAAUUUGAUCAAGUUAUCAAAGUCGAUUUAAAUAUCCCUGUCAAAUUGACAAAAUCAAUCGGUUCAAAAAUGUUAGAAAACAAUACCCAAGGUAAGAUUAUCUUCACUGCUAGUCUUUUAUCUUUCCAAGGUGGUAUGAAUUCUACUCCUUAUGCUAUUGCAAAAGGUGGAUUAAAACAAUUUACUCAAGCACUUUCAAAUGAAUGGAGUUCAAGAGGUAUUAGAAUAAACUGUAUUGCUCCUGGAUAUAUUGAAACUAAAUUAACUAGUAAUAUGGAUGAAGAACACCGUAAUUUAGUAAAUCAAAGAAUUCCAAUGAAUAGAUGGGGGAAUUUAGAAGAUUUUAUGGGACCUAUUGUAUUUUUAUGUAGUGAUGCACUGAAAUAUAUUACUGGAGAGACAAUUUUGGUUGAUGGUGGAUGGAUGGGGAGGUAA